AUGUAUCAAAUUGAAAAAUUCAGAGACAAUGUUUGCAGAUAAAACCGUUUCAAUUGUUCAAAGACGAUUGACGGAUUCAAUAAACUGCUGGAAUGAAAGUGACGGCCUUAUCUUGGCUGAUUUGCUGAUGUUUGAAAAUAUCCACGAUAGCAAUAGAUCAGCAGCUGAAAUCGAUGUUGCCACGGAAGUUCUUAAUUAUCUUCAGUCCUUUAAGCACUCGUCUGGGAACGUCGAAGAGCUGGUUAUAUUACAUUUGAAAAGUCAGCACUACCUGAUAAUCGGUCAGCUUGAAUCGGCUUUCAACGCGCUAAUUAGUUGCGUUCAACUUUUCAUCAAGCAGAUGCAGUCUCACAAAGACAAUUGGGCAUUACCUGUUAUGAUCAGGCUCGUCACGGACGCAAGAACCUUAGCUUUCAGGUGUGUUGAUGAGAAAGUUAGUGAAGACAGCGACAAAAUUUUGGAGCGCACGGCAGACUCGUUAAUGAACUGUUUCCGAAUCUGUUGUGCGGAUACGAGAUCUGAUGUUAAGCACACGAAAAGGUGGGGGAUGCUGCAUCUGGUCAACCAACUGUUCAAAAUAUACUUCCGAAUGAAUAACACGAAACUGUGCAAACCUCUCAUACGAGCAAUCGAAGGCUCAAACUUGAAAAAUGAUUACAUGAAGGCUCAGCUUGUUACUUACAAAUUCUUUCUCGGAAAAAUUGAACUCGUUGAAGGCAAUUUCGACGCGGCUGAAGAAUCGUUGACGUAUGCGUUUAACAACCGCCACCCGAGCUGUUACGAGAAUACUCGGAAAGUUUUGAAUUAUUUAGUGCCUCUUAAAAUGCUCAAAGGUGUUAUGCCAUCGCGGUAUGUGAUCAGAAAAUACGAUUUGACAGAGUAUAGGCGAAUAUCAGAAGCUAUUAAAGUUGGAAAUGUAAGACUAUUACAACAACAUCUAGACGAUAAACAACUACGCUAUGUUGCUAUGGGAAUAUUUGUUGUUAUGGAAAAAUUGAUUCUACUAGCGUACAGAAACUUGUUCAAAAAGAUUUACAACAUCAUGAACCAAACUCACCAACUGAACUUGAACUUGUUUUUCGAAGCUCUGAAAUUUUGUGGCCCUGACGAAGAUAUUGAAUUUGAUGAAACUGAAUUUAUAGUCGCAAAUUUGAUUGCGAAAGGAUUUAUAAAAGGGUAUAUUUCACACCAACAUGCGGUUCUUGUUGUAAGUAAACAGAAUCCUUUUCCAGCUCUUACAUUUCUGAGGUGAUAUGUUUUGUUUUAAAUUGAUGUAUUCUUCCUUCA